AUGGCUCAGAAGACGGUCUUCAUCACAGGUUGCAGCGAAGGCGGAAUAGGCGAUGCUCUAGCUAAAACCUUCCAUAAAAAGGGCAUGCGAGUUUUUGCAAGUGCUCGCAAUCUCGCUAAAGUCCAACAUCUCAAGGACAUCGGUCUUGACAUCAUACGACUAGACGUGGCUGAUGAAGAGUCCAUCAGACAAGCGGUGGAGGCUGUCAAGACGGCAACUGGGGGAACACUGGAUUUCCUGGUCAAUAACUCGGGUUUAGGAUACAGUAUGCCCCUGUUGGACUCGGACGUGUCAGUAGCGAAGAAGAUGUUUGAUGUGAACGUCUUUAGUGUCGUUACGGUGACUCAAGCGUUUGCACCUCUUCUCAUUGCAUCAAAAGGGACAAUUAUCAACAUCGGGUCUAUUCUUGGCAAAAUGCCACUCCCAUGGCAAGGAUACUACAAUGCAAGUAAAGCUGCGCUUGCUCUCAUCACCGACCAAAUGCGCAUUGAGCUCUCUCCUUGGGGGAUUAAAGCCAUCCUCGUCAAUACCGGUGCAAUCAGGACGAAGUUUUUCGAUAACCUUCCGAACACCCCAGUCCUACCCGAGAGUUCCCUGUACUAUCCUGCUAAGGAUGUGAUUGAGCCAACAUUGGCCGGAACCGAGGUGGAGAAAAAUGCCAUGGAUGUCAAUUCCUAUGCUGAGGCCGUUGUCAAGAGCGUAACAAGAUCUAGCCCUAAAAAGCACCUCUGGAUUGGAGGAGGAGCUCUUCUGACCUGGUUGGCUUCGACUUUCGGUUGGUCAACCAUUUGGGAUUUGUUACUCCCUCGUGUCAUUCACUUGCCAGCUAUAACGGACAAGAUCCGCACCGCAGAGAAGGAACAGGAUCGCCGAAAGGUAGACACUUUGAACUAA